AUGAAAGCGAUGUUGGAGUUCCUGCGGACCGGAAGAAGCGACUGGCCGCUACUCCUUGUCCUUUUCUUGUUUGUGUCUCAUUGUGUUGGUGCUCCGACAGACAGUCCCCGUGAUGCAGAUCAGGCGCAAUCCGGCUAUCUUGACAAUCACAACAUGGAUCCGGCUAUUGUGCAGGGUUCGACGUUUGGUAGGGUUUUUUCCUCAUUUUAGGAAUUAGUUCCCUUGGGUGUACGGGGAAUUUGAAUGCUUUUUCGGGAUCAAUUUUCUGACUAAUUUCGAUGCUUUAGGUCAACUUUGGCGUGUCAAGAUGGGAGGGGAGGUGGGCGGGCUGAACGAGCAGUAAGCUAGCGCCUGAUCAACAAACCUUCGGUUUAUUUGGGUUAGAUUAACGUUAGGCGUUUCGAAAAAGGUUCUAUGCAAAGCCCUUGGUUUACACCCCUAAAACGGCGGGCAGUAAACAGGUGCUUUUUGUCGCUUCAGGUGAGUAUGCGAUCCAGCAAGCAUGGGAAAAGGGUGAAUCCGAAAACGGUCUGUCCCUUACUAACUAAUUUCUCAGAAACGAAUUGGGUCUAUGUUAUGGAUGCUGUAUGGUCGCCCCCCCCCAAGAACUUGUUUUGGCGAGGUUCAUAGAGAAAUGGCUUUUCAAUUAUCGCAUGGGUUGAAUCAUUCGCCUAAAGGGUUGUGUUAACUAACCCGUGAUACAGGUCACUGGGGUGACCCUGAGAUCAAAGCAGGUCGCGACCCCAUUCCUGGUUUCGGAUAUUGGGUGCAACGACAUUAGUGGCUUCAGUAGGGUCCCAAGGAUCUAUUUUGACCCUUUCCUUUAGGCUUCUGCGGGUGCCUGCAGGUGAUUGAAAUGUUGCCAUUGCGUACUAACGACCGUUUAGUUGGUAUUACUGGGACUCCGAUCAUUGAUCCGGCCACCGACACGGUUUACUUCUACGCAAAGUCGUAUCCGGGAGCCGAGAGGGGGGUGUAUAAUGGUGCAUAUUGGAUCCAUGCACUAGAUAUUAACAAUUUGAAGUGAGUGAUUUCUUGUGUUUAUAACUUUGGACUCGCGGGUUAAUCGUGAGAUCUCGUUUGCAGCGACCGACCGGGAUUCCCGAAGAAGGUUGAUGGAUCCGUUGCCGACAAUGACCCAACUCGCUAUUUCCAUGGAGGGACUCACCUUCAGCGGACCUCAUUGUCUAUGAUCAAUAACAUCGUAUACGCUGGGUUCGGCGGACAUUGCGACAAGUACAAUUUUACCGGGUGGGUCGUGGGGGUGGACAAGACUACAGCGGAAGUCAAGGCGACUUUUGCUACAGAAUCUGGAGCAUUCGGGCCGCAGCAGGAUGGCACAUUUGAGGGAGGUGGAGGUGGAGCAGGCAUCUGGAUGAGUGGAAUGUCUAUCUCUUCGGACUCACCCAAUCGUCUGUUCUACGUGACUGGAAAUGGGGAAGGACAUCAGAACAAGGAGAUCCCUGCUUCUGGGAGAACCCCACUGGAUACGUUGGAUGAAGCGAUUGUGAAUAUGAGGAUUGAUCCAGCGACGGGGAAACUUUCGUUACAGGAUUAUUUCGAGCCGUAUGAAUACAUUGUGAGUACACCUGUGGGGCGGGGUGGUAGUUUGGGUGUACGGUACUGACGGCCGCUAGUCAAUGGAUGCAGGCGAUCGUGAUUUGGGGAGUGGGGGUAUAGCAUUGCUGGAUCCGAAUAGUAAGCACUUGGUUCAGUGGUCUCUUCUAGAGGUAUUUGCUGAGUGCGUGUAGCCUUCUCUGGAACAAACGCUGCCCGGCUGGGUGUCACUGUGGGAAAAAAUGGUAAAGCCUAUAUCGUUAAUCUGGAUAAUCUCGGCGGAUUCAAGAUGGGCCCAGCAGGCUCGGACGCGGUGGUCCAGACUUUACAGAUGCCUGGAGGAGGGUCUGUGUUCGGAGGGACUGGGUCCUAUCCUCUUGAGGGUGGAUACAUUUAUAUGACACCAGUAGAACUUCUUUCUCGUCUGAUGUGCAUGGCUUUGAAUGUUGACUGAUGGAAAACAGGUUGGAUAUCCGACACUCGUUUAUAAAUUUGGGAAGGAUGCCAACGGGAGGGCUGCAUUCACCCAGGUGGCUCAGACUGAUGAGAACAGUGCCGGUCGGGUUGGCGUUGGUGUCCCUACCAUCACCACUUUCAAGGGACAGGCAGGAACGGCCAUCUUAUGGAUUGCAGAUGUUGAUGGCGGAUUAAGGGCUUAUAGAGCAGUGCCGGAGAGUAUGCUUCCCGAUGCCGCUUGGCCUGCAUAGCUUGGAGGCUAACUUAUCCCAUUUUAAGAUGGUAAGAUGAUCCGGAUUCAGCUUCCCCCUACACCCUCGGUUUCGAAAUUUCAAAGGCCCUCAUUUGGUGAUGGGAGGUUGUAUCUUUCUACUUCUAAUGGCUAUAUUCAGUGUCUUGGUAUGUUAGAGAUCAGUGCGUAUUGAUCCGAACUGGUUGUUUUUUGCUGACCGUUAAUCUAAGGGUCUCCGGUCGCACUUCCAUUGAAUUGUACAAGUCCGAUAUCCUUUGGGGAUUUGACUAUCGGGAGCAAGAGGACAUUACAGGUCAAUUGCACCGCGCUCAUCGCGAUUACAAAAGUUGACGGGAUAACAUUGAGUAAUCCCUUGUUCACGGCCUCAAACUCUUCGCUACCAACUGGAGCACUCGUAAAAGGGCAGUCGUUUAGUUUUCCCGUUACUUUCGAUCUCACCAAUGCCACUAUCAAAGACAUACCUGGGACUUCAGUUCCCAGUGUGAAGCCUGGUAUCACGUCGGGGGCUUUGAAUAUUAUGACGGUAUGUGUGACGGCCAUUCCUUGCGCAUUAUGGCUAACAAAUGAUAGACUAAUGGGGUCGAUAAAUUUGCGAAUCUCCAACCUAUUGUGGUAUCAGGAAACCUCGCUUCGGCACUUCCUUUCUUGGCAAUAAGUCCGGUAGAGGCAGACUUUGGCGGAAUAGUUAUCGGUUCAGCUGCGGCAGAGGCCGGCGUUCCAGGCAGUAUGGUGGUGCAGAAUGUUGGGUCAACAGAUAUGCAUAUUACAGGAUAUGGCUGGACUCUUGGUGGUUUAGAGGGCGGGAAUCCGGAAUGGGUCAAUGUCACGGAAAACAGUGCGACGAACCAUACUGUUGGGCCGAGCUUUUACGCAGUGGAUUUGCCCGCGGUCGGCAGCACAGUCGGUCCGGGGCAAUCGAUUGUUAUUAAUUUGAACUUUAGGCCAUACGAGGUUGGCAGUUAUCACUCGGUGUUCCAGAUUUGGAGUGAUGGUGGUGCACAGUACAUUUUACUCACCGGGUAAUGUGAUCCUGUUUUUUUUCUUUUUUCUUCGGAUAUUUGCUAAUUAGUAAUAGUGUUGCAACCAUUGAACCUAAAGCCGUUCUCGAGGUCUCAACUGCAGAGGGUGGAUGGAAUACUGGAGACUUGAUUGACUUUGGCCCUCAAUUGGCAGGUGUUUCGUUGAUUCGACAGAUUCGCCUUAGUAACACUGGUGGUAGUGCUCUGACGAUCACUAAGAGCAAAGUAUGUUGUCCUUGUCUGAGCGGGAUCGGCAUUACCACUGCUGACAUCUAUGUUUAGCCUCCGGAGGGCGCGGAAUUGACAGCGACAAAUCCUACUGGCGAGUUAUCCGAAGGACUUAAAAUCCCGCCGGCGGGCUCUGCCGUUGGGAGUGUGCUUUUCCAACCAGCCGUUCGUCCUGUAAACCUCGCGCCCAAGUCGAUCAAUGGGACUUGGACACUAAACACCGAUGACCUGACAUUUGGGGUUCACAAUGUGUUGGUGCAAGGAGUUAUUCUGUCACGCCAAUUAGGUCCAUUACUCCCGGACGGUACGAGCAGGUACAAGUAUCUUGGGUGCUACAAAGACACUGUUGCGGGACGUUUGCUGGAUAAGAACAACAACUUAAAGCUUAAUAACGAAAACGGUAUCUGUCAGCAGACGUGCUUAGGGCAGGGGUAUAUCUUUGCCGGAACAGAUAUGUAUAGCUAUCCCUGUGGCAUUGCAACGAAACUGAUAGUGAAUACAGUAUCAUCAGGAAUGUUGGUGUGGAAACAGAGUACCGAAUAAGAUAUAUUUCUACGAGGAGAGCGCUAACAAGUGCACUUGGACUUGUACAGCGGAUAAAACUCAGGCGUGUGGAGGUGAUGGGGCGUUCAUAAAUAGUAAGCUAGCUUGUUUGGGGGCUUGAUUGGUGUGGAGAGGGUACUGAUGUGGCGCUCUUUCAGUCUACUAUGAUAGUCUUCGGUACAAUGGGGCUGCUACUACUGUAACUACGACGACCGCGAAGUCGACCACUACUACCAAUAGCACGUCGACGAGUUCCUCGGGUGUUACUACGACUACAUCUUUGUUUUCCAAUACCACCAUAUCGACCUCCUCAUCGUCUGGUACUGUGGCAUCGUCGACAACGGUUACCACUGGCUCUAAUUCGACAUUGACCACCGCUACCGACAGCACCACCUCAGACUCCACGGCACCCACAUCUUCAAGUUCCUUCACCACCACCACCAACUCCAACUCGACAUCAGCCGCAGACAGCACAAUCACGGACUCCACGUCAUCCGCGUCUUCAAGUUCAUCCACAAUUACUAUCAACUCCAACUCGACAUCAACCACAGCCACCGACAGCACUACCACAGAUCUCACAACAUCCACAUCUUCAAGCUCUUCCACUGUGGACACCACAGCCACUUCCUCAUCAGCGACAGACGCCGACACCACCUCUUCUACUUCUACCUCUACCUCCGCACAACCAACAUACACCGGUCCACCCCGUUACAUAACCCAAUACAACAACUACACCCUCCAGGGCUGCUGGACCGAAGCAACCAAGGGUCGCGCACUCAAGUCCAAAUCCCUCUCGAUAGCAAACAUGACAGUGGACAUGUGCUGGGGCAUGUGCAACCAGUACCAAUACUUUGGCCUGGAGUACUCGAAGGAGUGCUACUGCGGGGACGUCCUCCAGCCCGGAUCGGAGAAUAGCACCUCCGGUGCCCUGUGCAAUUUGAAGUGCGGCGGGAAUUCCACCAUCUAUUGUGGUGGCAGGUCCAGGUUGAAUUUGUACCAGUUUAACGCUACUUUGCAGAAUUCCUCGAGGGUGCUCGUGGGGUUUGACCUACCGCUUGCGGAUUAGGCUUGUGUGGGGAGGGGAGUGUAGGAUUGCUCAUUUUAUUCGCUAGAGUUUAUGUAUUUUCUUAUUUGUCAUGAUUUUCAUGGUAUCUUGGAUGUACCAACAGGAAGGUAGAUAUGGACCCUGUUUUGGUCAUUGAUAAUGGUAACGUUUAUGGAUGGAUAUGAAAUAUGAAUAUGAAUAUUAUUUCUCU